AUGCAUCUCAAGGCUCCUGAACAUCAAGUUGCAGGACACAUUGCUAAAGACGGGAAGCCUGGUCCCCUCGUCGAUGACAAGGGUCGGUUCUUCAAGCCGCUUCAGGGCGAUUCUCGUGGUGAAAUCGAGGUGAUGUUCUACGAAUCAUUCUCGUCAAACACACAGGUUCCAGAUAACAUCCGUAGGUAUUUCCCAGAGUAUCACGGCACUCAAGCGGUUGAUGGUUCUGAUGGAGCAGCCAUGAUUGUUCUCGAAAAUCUUCUUUCAAAGUACUCAAAGCCAUCAGUAAUGGAUGUUAAGAUGGGUUCAAGAACAUGGUACCCUGAAGCAUCUGAAGAAUACAUCCAAAAAUGCUUGAGGAAAGACAAAGGAACAACCACCGUGUCUUCGGGUUUCAGGAUCUCUGGUUUCGAGGUGUAUGAUCACAAAGAAUUGAGUUUCUGGAAGCCUAACAGGAAGCUUCUUAACGGGAUUAAAGUCGAUGGAGUCAGAUUGGCUCUGCGGAAGUUUGUAUCGUCAAACACACUUUCUAACACCAGUUCAAAACCUGACUCUGCUUUUGUAUCCAGCGUUUAUGGCGGUUCCAAAGGGAUCUUAACACAAUUGUUGGAGCUCAAGACAUGGUUUGAGAACCAAACGUUCUACCAUUUCAAUUCUUGUUCGAUUCUAAUGGUAUAUGAGAAUGAUUCCAUUUUAAAGGGAGACGUUGAUGAUGUUCAAGCACAAGUCAAGCUGGUUGAUUUCGCUCAUGUUCAUGACGGUAAUGGCGUCAUUGACCAUAACUUCUUGGGUGGACUCUGUUCUUUAAUAAACUUCAUUCGUGAUAUUGUUCAGAAUCCAGAUGAGUCUUCUGCAGAAAACUGA